UAUAUAAGCCUGUCCAACGCAUGUUGUUCGGUCAUACUCUGUCAGACUGUCGUCUAUUGACCACAGAAGGAGCACCAAUAGUUUUAUCAACAUGAAGUUUUUUAACAUGAGAAAUGGUGCAGCAGUUUCUGUUUGGCUGCUUUUUUUUCAAGUGUCGAUAAAAUUCUCCGAAUCGAGCUCUUCUCGUUUAGUUGGAAUUAACAGUAAAAGUCGUUCAUCACGAAAACCUGUCAACAUUCAACGCGUGACUCGCAACGAAGAAAUGCUAACGAGACAAAAUAAUCAACGAACAGAUCAUGGAAAAGAUGUCGUCACGAAUACUAAAGAUACUAACGAAUCUUCCAUAGCAACAAUUGAUGACUUUUCGGAAACAAAAGUCGAGUCUUUUAAUGCCACUGCGCUACCUACAAUCGAAGAAGAGAUAAGUCCAAUUAACCUAGCAGCGCUCAACAAAGUCGAGCAGCUGGCAUUUCCUUUGGAUGCUGACAUAUCUAGCUUACCUAUUUCGGAUCCUAUUGGAACUUCAUCUUUCCUCAACAUCCUGGAUGAAUCUGAAUCCAACUCGGACACAGAAAACUCAACUCACCAGCUAGAAGAUUCUCUUAUUGAUCCUAAGAUGAUAGAAUCGGAGCCGUUUCUCACCAUUCUGGUAAACUCCCCGCCUCAAGUAGUGACAGAGCCAUCGAAACCCGAUUCCUCGCCCGCUUCGCCUUCCGGUUCAGUAAAUGUUCCGCUUUCCUAUCUACAUUUGCGUGUUCCAAUACCUCCAUCAGCCUCAGCAAUUGCCAUCGCACCCCUAACCUUAUUACCGUAUAAACCGGUGAGCCCGAUCCCGCCCUCUUUAGUAGAAGCCCCAGAAAAUGUCGAGAUAAGUUCUUCAGCAGCUAAAUCUAUGACUCAUUCAUCGACUUCACCCGAAAAAAUAUCCAAGUCUACGAAUCUUACAGUUUUGCCGUUAAACACCUCUACUUCAGUGAAAAUAGAUUUGAAAUCGAAUUCUGGUCAGCAGGUAUUAACGCAUAACUCUGAUAAACAUCAGAAUGUUUACCAGAUAUUACCGCCACUGUUAGGAGUAAUAUACCGUGUCGCACCCCAAACUUGGAUUGCGCCUCCUUCUCUCGAUCAGGAGUUUCAGUUCGAUCAAUCUAAUAAAUUUAACCUAGCUACCUCGUACGGUAUUCCUCAUGCCGGGCAUUCGUUAUAUGGAAACAACCAUCGCCAAAAGUUCGGAUCGCCUCCAACACUAAGGGCCUUAGGAUUCCCUCCAAUAUCCAGCACUCGCGAUAAUCUGCGUCAUGAAGUCAACUGGGCCAGAGUCGGUCAAACUUUUCGGUCGACAAAUUUUGAUUAGUUAAUUAUAAUUUUUUAUUUCAAUUUUGUGUCCUCGGGGUUAUUUUUAUUAACAUGGAUUUAUUAUACUUUGAUAUUUCUUUUAUUUUUACUUUUUUUUAAAUUGUGGCACUGCAAUGACAUCACCGAUAUUACCCAAACGCACAACAGUAUAGCAUAUGCAUAUCUCCAUUUAUUAUUUGUACAUCUCAUUUUGCCAUAUUGAUUCAAUCUACCAGAGAAACUCCUUCGACAUUACCAUCUGUGCGAGCUUUACAACAUUAUUUUAUUUGGUGUGAACUUGCUUUUGUUGGUUGACUUUCGCAUGUUAUUACGUUUCCGAUGGUUUCCGAGUACUGCUAUCUUAAAUACUAUACAGUAUUUUAUGUUGUACUGUUUGUUUCGGUUUAUCUUUUAUUUUUAGUAGGGUGAUAAUUCUGUAAAUAAAGAAAACAAAUUAA